AUGGAGGGUCUGUUCCUUCUUGCGGAGCCCCCGCCACCGACACGCGCUCGAACGAGACGCGCACCACGACCGUCGGAAGCGAGGGAGGAAGCCGGAGGUCGGCGCGCGAAGAGCGGCCGGAAGAACAACAAGAACAGCGGCGGCGGCGAGUCGAUGGAGGUCGAUGACGACGACGGUACAGCCGUCGCAGCCGCCGCAGCCGCCGCUGCCGCCAUAGCGGCUGCGGCUGCUGCUGCUGCUGCUGGGGCUUCCUCCGGCAGAAGCAGGAGCAGCAGCCGCAGUCCCAUGAACGUGGACGAGGGCGGCGGCGGAGUUCAGAGACGGUCCGGAGGGGGAGGGACUGCUGCCCGAAGGGGAUCGCUGUCGGACGAGAUUCGUCGUCGAGUCUUCGACUUCCUUGACCGCGAAGAAGCAGCUUCGUCCGCCGCUGAUGAUGGUAACAAGAACGAUUCGGUAACCGAGACGGGGCCGAAGACCGGCGACAGCGGCAGCGGUAACAACAAGGAUGAGGUCGAGGCAAAGGUUGGGCUGGGCAGACGGGGGAACGACGAUGGGUGGCUUCGUCCGAAGGAGGAGGAGGAGGAGGGGAUGGAGUGGCUGCGGUCGAGUCUAGGGGAGGCGUUAUCUGGGGAGGCGGUGGGUGGUGGUGACGGUGGCGGCGGCGGCGGCGGCGGCCGUGAGGAAACGGAUGCGGCGGCGGCGACGACAACAGCGGUGGUGAACCACACGCUGAGGGCCAUCCAAAGCUGGCGGGCGAAGCGGUCGGCCGCGCUCUGCGAGGGUGAGAACGCCUUCCUACUUUCGGUCGCACCUCCGUCCCUUCCCCAGCGGCGGCGGCGGCUGCCGUUCUCCCCCCGCCCCUCUUCCAACGGUAGCAGCAACGGCGGGUUCGAGAGUGGUCCGGGGCCGGAGCCCGGUGACCCCGCAAAGCCGGUGCCGUCGGCGACCGUCAAGGGGGAGGAGGAGAAGGCGACGGCGAAGAAGGAGAAGAAGGCGGCGGCCGGCGGCGGGGGGCUGUUGGCGGCGAGGUGCGCGGAGGCGGCGGAGGCGGUCUCGAGAGUGGAAGACGUCUUUCGCCGAGCCAAGGCCGCGGCGCUAGAAGCGCUCCUCCACAGCAGCUGUCCCCCCGGCCUAUCGGCAGCGACAACAUCAACAACUACGGUGGUAUCUCACGCGACGGCCCGCGAAUCCGAACCGAAGCCUUCGGCGGAAGCAAAGGCUAGCGGCAGCACCACGGGCUCGAAGGAGAGCGCCAAGUCUACCGUAUCGCAGGCCGCGCACACUUCGCACCGUGCCCAGCAGGCGAUCGUCGAUUUCUUGCUGUCCGAUCCUGACGACGAGGCGUUGCUGGAAGGGAUUCUGUUGCCGGUCCUUUUCCCUUCAUCCUCAUCCUUAUCCUCAUCCUCCGCUGCUCCGCGGGAGGGGCACCGCGACGCCUGCUCGUCCUACUGGCACACCCUGCUCCUCGACGCCGCCAUCCGCAAGUGCACCCCCGCCACCGCCGAGCGGUGCUUGCACCUGGCGUUGAGAGCCGCUGGUAACGACGAGCCCGCUGGCGAUGACGGUGACGGCGGCGGCGGCGGCGGUGGUUUUCUGCGGUGGGGUUCGUGCGGUGCGGACGAGGAAGGAGAGGAUCUGCUUGUAGCCUCGACUGCGGCGGUUGUGCUCAGGGGGCUGUGCCGGCUCGCGAGGGACCCCAGAGUUGCUAUCAUAGCUCCGCAAGUCGGAGAGGUGGGCGGCGCAGACAGCUUGGAGGCGUGGGCGCGGCCGUACUACCACCAGCGGAACGCGAAGGGGUCCCCGCGGGCCGGACUCAGCAACAGCCUCGCGGGAGGGGGUGGGGGGCUCGCGGGCGGGAACAAGGGUUCGCCGGGUUCUGGUAGCCUCUGGACGGCGUUUUCUUCCUUGGAGAUCCGAGGCCUGGUUCGCCUGAUCUUCGUGGCUCUGCCGGGGGUUCGUCUUCCCUCGACUGCUACAGCCGCCCUGAGGAAGAAGGGGGCAGGAGGGAGCGGCAGCGGACAUGGGGAAACAGGAGGCAGGGCUGCGGGAGGGGAAGUAGCGAGGGCAAGUGAUGUCCAGCAGGCGGCAGCAGCGUCGGCUGUCGUCCCGCGAGAAUGGGCGCACCUGCUGCUCGCAGCGUGCAUCAGCGGCGGCGUUAAGUCCGGCGGCCUUGCUGUGGCCGUGGACGCCCUGACGAAGAUUGCUUUGCGUGAGGAGGAGGAAGAGGAAGAAGAAGAGGAGGAGGAGGAGGAGGAGNAGGAGGAGGAGGAGGAAGGGCAAGCGCAGGCAGGCGUUCGCGUCAAGGAGGAGGAGGACGGGGCUUUGGUUCCGACGCCCGGCGACGCUAUGACAGGCGGCCCUCCCUCCGAAGGGAGACGCAGCAAGAGCGACAACAGCAGUAGCAGCGAGGAGAAGGAGGGGGAUGAGGUGGAGGAGGAAGAAGGAGGAAACGACGGUGCCCCCGAAACCGACGACGAAGAUAACGCAGACGACGACGACGACGACGACGACGACGACGACGACGACGACGACGACGACGACGAGAAGGACGACGAGAAAGACGAUGAUGGUGCCGAAGGCGACGACGAGCAUGAUGAUGAUGACAACGCUGCCGACAACACCACCAAGGACAAGCAGAAGCAGAAGAAGGACAAGAAGAAGAAGAAGAAGAAGAAGAAGAAGGCGAAAGAAGAAUCGUCCGCCUCCAGCGCCACCGCCGAGACUUGUGCUGUCGCGACCGUCAAAACCGAGGAAAUGGAGGGAGACACCGCGGUGGUCGACCAGGGGGGGGGCGUCGCGCGUGAACGGCGGCGCGUUGCCCGGGCGGCGGCCGAGUACCUGCUGUACCAGCUGUGCAUGGCCGCGCCGUCAGAUUUCGCCGCAACCGUCGGUCCGGAAAUGGAGAGACGCAUGCUGCCGAUGCUCGCGGAGCAGUUUGUCAUUCGCGGGGCCCCCAUCCCGUCGGAGGCCGGCUCGCGAGGCGCGGGCCUGCGGCUGGUGGCGGCGGCCAACGCCCUGGCGGGGUCGGGGCUUAUCGUCGGCGAGAAGGGCGCCGGGCGGAAGAGGGCGGCGGCCAGCGCGGGGGCGCACGCGGCGGUGCUCGCGGACGUUGCGCGGCGCAUGCCGCUCGUCUUCUUGGAGCAGGUGCUCGCCCUGACCGAACUCCUCCUUAAUGAUGCCGAGGUCGAGCGAUCCGCGGCCGCGGCAGAGUGGUCCUUCUUUCAGGCCGAAGAGGCGGGGAUCGGGGGGGGGGCAGGGGGGACAGCGAACAACGACGGUGCCGGUGGUGGUGGUNUUCAGGCCGAAGAGGCGGGGAUGGGGGGGGGGGCAGGGGGGACAGCGAACAACGACGGUGCCGGUGGUGGUGGUGGUGGUGCUGCUGCGCCGCUGUUUCGGUCGAGGAGGAUCGCCCCCGGCAGGCUUUGUCCCGCGCCCGCGCUGCUGGGGAGUACGAUUGUGGACACGGACGGUCGCGCCGUCGGGGGGAAGGGGGCCGCUGUGCUGGUGAGCGAGGUCCACGUCCGGCUGUGGGGGCAGUACUUCACCGAAGCGGUGUGGGCAGGAGUCUUGGGAGCUUUGCGGGCGGCUCCGGCCCUGCUUGUAGGCGGGGCCGCAGGGCAAGCGGCGGGAGUUCCGAAGUUGCUGGAGGCGUAUGUCAAUCUUGUCGCGGUGCAGCUGAUGGUGGACAACGGCCCCGAGGUCGCGCAGCUGGCCGUGAACCUGCGAGAGCUACUGGAAGGUCUCGGGGAGAUGGGCGCGGCCGUGCUGGAGGCGCCGCCGCCCGCGGGGGGCGGACCGUGGACAACUUCAAGGGCAAUGCUCGUGUCCGUGCCGCCGCCGGUGGCGGCUAACGCAUGAUGUGGUGGUGUUGGGGGUUUCUGUGUCUUGUGCCGAUUCUGGUAAAAAUCAAUCGACGCAUACGUUGGGAAUCAGGUUCCCCUUGGCACUCUCCAUUCACAAAGAUUGGGGCUUGUCUCAGGGGUUCGGGUUCGUCCUAGGGCUGGGGUUGGGGUUUGUCUGAGGGGUUCGGGUUAGGUGUCUUGUGAGGAGGAAGGCCGCUGUGAAUGUAUGUAGCUGUAACAGCAGUGUGUGCACAAGCAACGGUUUUGUGCUGAUCUGUACCCUAGUGUCUGCUGAAGCUGUGCACCGUGCAUUCUGCAGUUGCGAAAAAGCGUCAAAGCCUGGAUAACAGCUGUUCCAUACCAUAUUACAUCCUGUGAUGGUGCACGGCACGGCAAGCAGCACAACGUGGCGUGGCAUGUUCCCAGCAGCGUAAGAUCAGG